ACGAACGACGAAAUAUGGAUGUGAUGAACAGUACUGGGGAGGGAAGAGGGUGCGAGGGCGAUUUUGACAGGUCAAUUGGAUGCGAAGCCCCUAGAUCUCCCAAACUCAUAUAGAGGAAUCGUAGAUCUACUUUCUCCUUUUCUAUAUUUUUGGAUUGGAUAAGAACCAAUGGGUUUAUGGGAAGCUUUUCUCAAUUGGCUUCGGAGCCUUUUCUUCAAGCAGGAAAUGGAGUUAUCUCUGAUAGGACUUCAGAAUGCUGGAAAGACUUCACUUGUAAAUGUAGUUGCUACUGGUGGCUAUAGUGAGGACAUGAUUCCGACGGUGGGAUUCAAUAUGAGGAAAGUUACAAAGGGCAAUGUAACAAUCAAGUUAUGGGAUCUUGGAGGGCAACCUAGGUUCCGCAGCAUGUGGGAGCGUUACUGUCGUGCUGUUUCUGCAAUCGUUUAUGUUGUUGAUGCUGCCGAUCCUGACAAUCUUAGUAUAUCAAAAAGUGAACUUCAUGAUUUGUUGAGUAAGCCAUCAUUGAAUGGUAUACCCUUGUUGGUGUUGGGGAACAAGAUUGACAAGCCUGGGGCUUUGAGUAAACAAGCAUUGACUGAUCAAAUGGAUCUGACGUCAAUUACUGACAGAGAAGUCUGCUGCUUCAUGAUCUCGUGCAAAAACUCGACUAACAUUGACUCUGUUAUAGAUUGGCUUGUAAAGCAUUCCAAAUCAAAGGGCUAAGACGCUCCUCUCUGCUGGGAAUUCUGUUGUAACUGCUCAUUGAUAAAUUGCUGGAUGUUGGUGGUAGCGUUUGCAUGUCUAAAACUUGGUUUCAAUAGCAUUAUUCUUGGCCUUUUUUACCCCUUCUCUCGGAUGCUUGUUAUGUUAAUAUCAUUCUUGUCCUUUGGGACUUGAACGAGAUGCCAUGUCUGUCAGGGAUUACACUUUUGUUAGUUGAGUGUUAUUUUGUGAGCUAUAA